AUGACUUCCUUUGAGAGCCAGGUUGAUUCGGCUCAGCGCAUGUAUACCCCGCGGGCAACCGACUAUGAGAACUCCUGGCACCCGGAAUACAGCCAACGCUUCGCAGAUGUAGUGCCCAUCAAGCCCGGCGAUCGCAUCCUUGACCUGGCGUGCGGAACUGGCCUGGACGCCAUAAUUGCAGCUGAGCGAGUUGGCGAUCAGGGCUUUGUCGUUGGCGUCGAUGCCACAGCUGCCAUGCUCGACAAGGCGCGGGAGAAGCUCAAAGACAACCCAACUCUGGCUCGUCGCUUAACGCUGGUUCAGCACGAUGUUACCAGCUUGACCGGAUGUCCACACGUGCAAAAGGGUAGCUUCGAUCUCGUUCUCUGCUCAAACGCCUUUGUCUUGUUCGAGCACCCAGAGCAGGUCGUUGCCCAUUGGCGCGACUAUCUCAAGGCGGGUGGCAGAGUCGUAAUUGACAUCACCCACGAGCGAAACCUUCCCUCUGGCCUCUUGGUAGAAAAGGUUGCUAGAAGCUUGGGUCUCCCUUUCCCUUCGAAUCGAACCUGGAUCAAGUCCAAAGACACCUUCAGCGAGAUACUAGAGCGACAAGGCUUUGUGGUUGAAAAGGUAGAGAUUGUGGAAAAGGCUUUGGGUCUCGGCAACACGUACCUCGACCUCGACCAAGCCGAUGCGCAGUUUGAUCAGAUCUUGAACGGUCCUCUUGCUGGUACGGGUACCGCGGACACGCUGAGAGCCAGUGGCCGAGACAAGUUCAAGCAGGAGUGGGAGAAUGCUGCAGUCGACGGCAAGAUUGAAGUGUCUGACAUUCUCUAUGUUUAUGUUGCCCGAAAAGUUUGA